CGAGCCCGGGACGGGGCAGCAGAUGUAACAGCGGUGUCGGUGGUCUCCCGGCCAAGGGUGGGCUGCAAGCAGGCCGCUGUCACCUGCAUCCGAUGCAUCGGUUUUAGUUUUUGCAGACGUUGUUUAUUUGAUGCCGGUUUGAAGUGCAACAAUUUGUGCAUUCAAUCUUUUUAUGAGCAAUUAUAGCCUUUCUCCUCCUCCCCAGAAUGGAAAGUCAGGUUCUUGCUGAGAAAUACAGUGAUGGUUCGGAAGAAUUACGUUUCACUGACUCGAUUUCCACCGACCUAGCUCCCACGCUGCUAGGUAGCGGCACCCCUACGGAUGGAGAAAGAGGUGAAGUAACCCCUGGCGAUGGCGCAAGAGGAGGGACCUCAGACUACGAUCAGACCCUCGCAAUCCCGGCGCCAGUUACCGAGCCCGUUAGCGCAGAGCAGAGUUCCGGCGCGUCCGAGGUCCCAGAUUAUUUCCAAAUCGGGAAUGACACCGAACCAGUGCCUCACCUUGUCACAUUCACCGUGACUGUAACGCUGGCUGUUCCGACUGAGAAAGAGAGUGGCAAAAAGAGAGAUCGCAAGUCUAAAGCACUGAAGAUGUUGGAAGCAUUAAAAGCCCUCAGCUACUUUCAUUUGGAAGUGUCUCUUCUCCCAAAUGCUGAACCAACAAGAUUUGAUAUAGUGACCUUUGAAAAAGCUGCUAAGCUCUAUAUGACAAAUGAUUCCCAGGUUCUAAAGCCAUGGAAUGAAGGUGAACGGAGGUGGUUGAUCUUCAGCCAUAAUGUGGAGCUGCCUGUUACUAAAGAAUUACUAUUAACACUUGUUCCUCACAUAAUGACACUUCAGAUUUGGGAAGGUAAAGAUAAAGUGAGCCCAAAGGCCAAGUUUGAUCGCCCUAAGAACUUACAUCAUCAAGUGGAGAAGGAAGGAGCAAGUUUAGGUGGUAUAAAACAUUUGGUUAAGGGGCAAUUGGAAUUGUUAGAAAACAGCCCCCUCUUGACAACCUAUAAAGCAACAGAUGAUGUGCCACCAGAGUCCAUGAACAUUCCUGCGCAAGGAACGCUUUCCACAUUAGGCCGUCCUGAUGCUGAAGGAACCACUGAAGAUGAACAACUACAGAGGAAAAUAUGUGCAGAUCUAAAGCCAAAAUCAAUGAAGAUACCGGGUGCAAAAAAACAGCUAUCAGUUCGGAUGCCUACAAAGGGAAAUUCUCACAAAAAAGGCAAAGGAGAUUUUCUUGCAGCAGCAACAAAGAUGCAAGAUAAAAUCAAAAUCAUCCCUCCAAAAAUACAACAGAAGAAAAAGAAAGUCAAAGAGAAACCAGUCCCUGCUUUGAUAAACCUGGACAUCAGAUUUCUCCUUGCUGGAGAAAAAUCGGUUACAAAUAAAUUGGAAAAAUUAAUCCCUGGAAUACUGGAUGUUCUUUUCACUGUGUCAGUGGAUAAAUCACUAAUGUCGAAGGAAAUGGAGAAAGAAUUGAAUCCAAUGGUUAUUCGUAUUAUUUCAGCCAGCUCAAUGCCGUCAACACCUGUGCCAAUACACGUACUGCAGGAAAGAUGUGGUCCUGUGUACUGUCAGUAUCAGUUCUAUGAUUUCCCUUGUCAUCAGACUAAAGGCAGAGAACAUGGGACUGAGGUCUCCUUCAAGGAUGUAAAUGUGAUUCUGACUGGGACCAUCAAUCCUGAUAAACUCAGAGAGUAUUUCCGUGGGCCACCUCUAGUGAUAGAGAUCCAUGACCGUGACAGGAAGCUGAAAGCCCAGUCCCAACCACCAGCAUUGUUUGGUACUGAACCUGAAGAUAGCAAACUGAGCAAUGUCGGCCUUGUUAGUAAUAAACGAACUAUUCACGACCCCUUUGUGGAUGCAGAUAAAUCUUGGGAUCCUUAUGGCAUUGCUAAACUGGAUUUUUCAGAAUUGGUAUAUGGUGAAACAUGCUUGAACGUUGCUGUUUCCAUACAGAACAGUAGUUUGCCAGAUCCAAUAGGUUAUCGAACCGAUGGAUUGGGCAGACGUAUUCUAGGUGUUGCAGGAGCUAUUGAUGGACCAGAAGACCGACCACUACCAAAAGGCCAUUACCUGGAAUCGAACUCUGUGCUUAAUGUUAGAGUGCAACUCGCUUAUCCUUUAUCAGGAAGGAGCGAUUCUGUGUUGGAUGAAAUAGAGGAGUGCCAAUUUGGUCGGAUAAUAUACAUCUUUGAUUAUAAAAACAGAACCUUUCUUCACAGUCUACUAGAGCAAAUUAGUUCAAUUAACUCUCUAGCUCUUUGCCUGGAUUCUCAGUCAAGUGGGAAAGGAAGCGGAGGUGGGUCAGUGGAUGUGGAACUUAAGCCAGAUUCUGAAACUAAAGCCGCUUCCAAUCUGGAAAAUGUUUCGGUUUCCAAUCUGGAUAGUGUUUCCAGUACAGAUGUUGUGACAGCUUCCAAUCUGGACGUUGUGACGGGUUUUCACAUAAUGGAUGGAAUAAUUCACCUCUUUGUUUUGGAGGGACUGAAGAACAAAGGACUCAAAGGGCUAUGGGAGAAGCUGCCGGUCAGAUCUGUGGCUGGCGAAGAAGGGGUUAAGGUUCUGUACAAUUCUGACUUCAGUUUUCAUCACCGGCUAUAUGCCAAUUUGGAUGAUCGAAUUUAUCACAUCUACCUCCACGAGCCCUUAAGUAAUAUUAUAAAGCAACCUUUGUUAUACGUCAGGGAUAUGACACCUCGGGACUGUCUUCAGGCAUUGCACAGACUUCAAUAUCUUUGCUCUGCUAAAAAGUUGAGGGAAGUAGUACAGGGUGACCUCUUCCCAACAGCAGCAAUGAUAACAGUCCUGAGCCGGGAAUUUGGAAUCCCAACCUCUGAAACAGAUCCACGUAUUGUCAAGGACUGUCUAACCAUCCCAACUUUGCUCAUCACAGAAACUGCACCACCUAAAAAGACUCCUCACAUUCGACUGGACUUUUACAAUGAAAAAUAUAUUCAGAGCAAACUGCAUCAAAUAAUACCCACAAAUCACAUUCAGAAUAAUAUUGAUGCCAUUUAUGAAGCCAGCAAAAAACUGAAGGAAACCAAGCCAAGGUCAAUAAAAGUUGUGCCUCCUGAAGGGACAAAGGUGCAUAACUACUCCAUUCAGACCUUCAACUCUACUGACCAGGCAAAAGAAUUAUUACGGGAGGAAUUGGCUAAGAAGCCAAAGCAGAGAUUCACAUACAGUCAAAAAUUCUUGUCAGGAACAGUGGCUCCUGUGGACAUUGUCAAUGAGGAGAAGAGAAUAAAGAAAAGAUUGAAGGAAGCUUGGCUAACCUUCGAUGGAUUCAGGUUUCCAGGGUUCAAAAGCAGCCUGGAGGCAAAUGAACACCCAAGCAAACCUGAUCAAGCACGGAUAGACGAACUUAAAAAGCCUUGGAAGGAAAAUGUUCUCCAUGGUAACCUAACUGCACCACUCAUACAUCGAGGCCGAUGGAUAUGGAAUGAAAGGCAUAAGGAUUUUGAAUUGUAUAAGAAAGUGCAGGAUGGGUCAACACCAGUCAGCAUUCAUUUGGCAGGUGAUACUUUAAGAGCUGAACAGCUUGAAAACAUUCACAAAGAUUACAAGGAUUGGCAUAAAAAGGUUAAACCUUACAGAGGCACCACAGACUCCAAGUUAUCAUCAACCAGGCUAGAAGCUAAGCUGGAGUUAGACAAGUGUGUGACAGUCUGUCUCAAGCCGGCGAUUUUUCAAAAGGUACUGUCCUCACAUCUUUUAAAGAACUUGUUUUUGUGAUGGGUCUGCACCCAAAAUGUUUUUUCCUGUUCUUUCUCCAAUCUGCUGUGUUUUCAGUACUUUGUUUUUGUCACAUACCAGGGCUCCCUGGGUUACAGAUGACCUGUCUUGUAUUUCAUGGUAUUCAUUAUUUGUAUUUCACAAAAUAAAUGAUUAAUUUAUUCAAAAUUGACCAUAUAUAUUGAGCAACCUUUUCUUACGUAACAUAAUACUGGUUAUCUUUGAAAUUAAACAGCUAAGAAUUUAGUCAAUGGUAUUUGAGUGGUUUCAGCAAUGUGUACAAUCAAGUGAAUUCCUGAAAUUGACCUCAGAAAAUUUAAACAGAAUUGUAAAAAAAAAUUACUAAACAGGUAGAGGUUGUUUGGACCACUGUAUCCAUUUCAAGUGUUUGCUAUAUCAAUCCAGACUAAUCAAGUUGCAGCUUCUAGCUCUGCUCUUGAACUAGGUUGAUACUUCAAUGCAAUUGUGGCAUUAUUGGAGGUACAUUUUUCAGGAUAUGAUAAAGGCUGAGAUGCAAAUAAAAUAUUUAAUAGUACUUCUUGAAGAAUGAGGAUCUCCCAGUAUCCUUGCCUGAUUUUGUCUGUUGUCUUUCCAAUAUAUUAAUGUAAGACCUUUCUUCUCCCAUAUCUUCAGUUCCUAAAUGUGGAUGAUGGUAGGCAUUUGGCACAUUCAGCUGGACCCACACUAUAAUAUUGUCACUCAAGAUAUUGUAUUCUUGUUUAAAAAUGAUUCCAAACUUUUUUGCUGUACCCUGAGAUAUUAUUUAUUUUUUUUAUGAACAAUAUAUAGGUGUAUGUCUAUCUUUUACUAAUCCAAAACAAUGCCAAUUUUUUAUUACCCUUAGGUCUAAUCAAAACAACAUCACCCAAAACAAAACUUUCAGUGCUUAGUAUUUUACACCACUCUCAAUGUGGCCAAUUCCUUAAACCUGGCACAGCGUACUGCUCAGCUAUCUUGUCCGGAUGGAAAGUUGAGUGUGUUUCUUUCUUUGGUACUGAGGAUUGGCCUCAAGCCCAAAGUCAGUAUGGUAAGAUGUACCAUGCUUAUUUUUGAUUUGAGUAUCAUGGCUAAUUCAAAUUUAAUAUUAUUCUGCUUUUCCAUUAGCUAGUAUAAAACUCUUCAUAAAAAUAGUUGCUGCUUUCUGCUCUUCAGCCAAUUGUUAUUUAUUUGCAGAUUUUUAACCAUGAAUCUUGUUUUGAACUUUGAAGGCAGAUGGCUUCUCAUUGCAUAACUUUGCCAAGUCUCCUUUGGAUAUUGGAAAGCCAUCCAAAAUAGUAAACCAUAGUCUAUGGGAGAGCUUAACUUACCUCACCUCAAAAUGCCAAGGCAGUUAAGUCAAUUGCAUUAAUCUAAUCGAGCUAAAAUGAAUCUUUAGUUGACUUGGUAUGCCUUUUCAUCCUUUUUUGAAAGGUUCACCACACUGUUCAGUUAACUUCCACAUGAAGACUAUAAAUAUACCUUUCUAGCUUAUUGCAUUGGGAUACAUGGCAUCCUUACAAGUAAUAUUGAUCUCUUUUAGUCUUGUCUUUCACUUCCAAAUAAUUUGUAUUAAGUUGUUAAUAGCUAGAAACUGCUUCUUUGAGAGAACUAUAACCUCAAUAUUCUCACCCACUCAGAGAUAACCUGUUGCUUUCCAGUGUGCUUUAGUCAUCUACCAACUCAAUUUUUUUGCCAUCAAAUUUCAUAACAGGUCUUCCAUACUCCUCAAACUUUAGCCCAUUCAAAACUCUUCUGUCUUGUAUCCUAUCCAGUAGUGAGCACAAUUUCCAACCACAAAGCACACCGUCCUUAUAAAUCCGCUGUACUCAGAGUUAAGUGUUACUCCCAGUUGUUACUAUUAUUGGGUAUUCCUUCAACUGCCAGAAGUUCCACUCACAGGAAUUCUCUCCAUUUUAUCCUCAACUUCCAGCUUGGCAUCAAAUGUUUUUGAUUAAAAUUUCAAAAUGCCUGAGACAGAAAUUGUUGAAAGGCCUCCAUUACUAAUGUCUUGUCUUGGUUUAGCCAAUUUAAUCAUUAUUAAUAACCAUUAUUAAAAAAAUAGCACUGGGUAUAUCAUGCUACCAAAAAAGGCCUCAUCUUAUUCAAAAUUCUUAAAGCUAAUUACAUGUAAUUGUUGGCAUUCUUGCUAUACAAGUCUCCAGAUUGACAAUUAAGCUACAAAAACAGUUGCACCAGGUUUAAGUGAUGAGCAUAAAUGGAAAAUGCAUCUAACAUAAGUCUUUCUACAACUAGGAGCAUAAGUAAUUUGCUGACCUCUGUCAAGAUCCUCUUAAUCAUUUUCUUUAUCCAGAUUACCAGUACUUUAGCACAAUUGAUUUCAUAUCAAACAAAUUAUUGAUUGAACCAUGAUGAACCACUUAAUAUUUGAACUAAUCCAAUUUCUUUAAUGGCCCCUUACUACUUAAACUCAACCAAUUACACUGUACUCCUAACUGGGACAGGUUCUGACCAACCCAUCUGCACACAGGUUUCUUCUAUGGAAGAAUAUUCAUCUGCUCUGAGCUGGGACUGAAUGAACUCUGAUGGGAGACCCCUAGGCACAAGUUGAGUAAUCAUUAAAUACCAGUAGAGGCUAACAAUUUAUCUACUGUAAAAGUGCAACAGACUAAUGGUGGUUCCAGAUGCAGAGACAACAUAUAUCUACCUACUGAUCCUUCUGUUUUCUGCAACAAAUAUUUGGUACUUUUAUGAAUUGCUUCAGUAUGCUAUGUUAAGGCUUCAUGGUGUAAUUGUACAAGUGGCUACCCCUCCAUUCCCAGGUCUUUAAUCCUUCUGAAAGAUAAUGAUAACAACAUCAUAGGUUAGUUUUGAUCUCAAAUUAAAGCUAUUUUUGCACAUUUUUCUUAGCAUAUACUGAAGUGAGCAUUCACAUCACCUAUGCCUGAAAGCGUAAUCGAUGAAGUAAGAAAGUGCUGAAAAUCCAUCACUCUCAAGAGAACAUUAGGCCAACGUAAUUAUUCUAAGACAUUAUGAUAACAUAUACCCAGUUAACUGAUUCAUUGCUUGACAAUAUUUGUACUUUAUGUUCAAACUAAUGUGGUCCAUAU